UAUUACCCCAACACAACAAUGAAAACAAAUAGCUCUCGUGCAAUACUUUGGAGCUUACCAGCUAAUAUUAUUAAGUUAAAGAGCAGCUAACCGCAAGAUACCCCACAAUACAAACACAAUGUGGCAGACGCUGCUCGGCCUCAGUUGUCUAUAAAGCAAGCGGACGGACGAGCAGCAAAGCAAACAACAAUAGCUAUAGCGAAAGCAACGUAAUAAGAACACAAUAACAAUGAAACAAGUUCAUUUCAUUAAAUAUAUGUAAAUGUUUAACGGACCCUAACGAGCGCCAUCGAGCAGCAGUAAUGAGUUGCCAUCGCAUAAAUGAGCACAACACAAACAGUAGUAACAAAACGAACAUUAAAAAAAAACAGACAACAAGAAUCAAAACAACACCUGAGUCGAAAAGACGACCAAAACAGCAGCAGCAACAGCAAAGACAACCCACAACGACGUGAGCCGGUGAGAACGUGAACCCACCACACGCACAGUUUCAAUUCCAAAAUAAGCAAAGCGCAAACAAAUAAAGAAAGUAAGUGAAAAUUUGGGACAACAUUUGCAAUCGCCACUGCAAAAAAAAAGCGUUGGCCAACAAAGCCAUCAGCAACAACAAUAAGAACAGUGACAACAAGCAGAAGAACAAACAGAACAAGAGUCCGCCUUAUCCAUGAAACCUCAGCCAUAAACAGCCGCAAACAAAUACCUCAAAAAUGGACAUUUUUAUCAAUUUCAUUAAAAAUCCACAAUCUAUACUGUCCGCAUACAUUGAUCUGGACUAUUCGCUAUGGCUAUAUCGCUUUCUAACGCCGCUGAUGGUAACAUUCCUGCUGCCGCUCGUCUUUGUGGCGCUUAUCUACAUAUCAUUUUUGGUGCUUUUCAUCUACAAGCUGCACAGACAGGUAAUAAUGCGAGCUGUUCAAACGGAUCGGAACUUUUGGCGGGUUGGUCGCAAAAUUGUAGCCGCCAUUUGGGACGCACAUGCGCGCAUCUACCAUGGGUAUGAGGUGAUCGGGCUGGAUAACGUGCCGCAGGAGGGGCCAGCACUGAUUAUCUAUUACCAUGGCGCAAUACCGAUCGAUAUGUACUAUCUGAAUUCGCGGAUGCUGCUGCAGCGCGAGCGUCUGAUUUACACGGUUGGCGAUCGUUUUCUGUUCAAGAUACCGGGCUGGGGCACCAUUUCGGAGGCGUUUCAAGUCAGUCCCGGCACGGUGCAGUCCUGCGUUAGCAUACUGCGCGACGGCAAUCUGCUGGCCAUAUCGCCGGGUGGCGUCUAUGAGGCACAGUUCGGGGAUCAUUACUAUGAGCUGCUGUGGCGCAAUCGUCUCGGCUUUGCCAAAGUGGCGCAGGAAGCCAAAGUGCCGGUGAUACCCUGCUUUACACAAAACCUACGCGAGGGCUUCCGCCAGCUGGGCAUCUUCCGGACGUUCUUCAUGCGGCUGUACAACAAGGUGCGCAUACCUGUUUACCCCAUCUACGGUGGCUUUCCAGUCAAAUUUCGCACUUACCUGGGCAAACCCAUCGAGUACGAUGAGAAUCUAACGCCACAGGAGCUGCAAAUCAAGGUGGCCACCGCCAUUGAGGAGCUCAUCAAUCAGCAUCAACGUCUGCCUGGCAGCAUACUUUGGGCUCUGCUCGACCGACUGCCGGCCUUCAAGCGUCAUCGCAAGAACUCCACUUGUGUACCCAGUAAAAAAAAGUCCGACUAGAGCGUCGAGUGUUCUAAUACUAACUGUGUUAAUGACUAAUUUCUAGAAGCAAAUUUCGAGGGCAUUCAAACGUAAUGCGAUACAAUAUGCGCCGCCAUAAGACUUUGUUCCAUGUACUUCAUUAUGAAAUGUAUUCAACGUGUACUUCCGUUUAGUUGUAACAACAAUUUAAUCUGAUGCGCUCCUCGCAGGUGCAACAUUCGCCUUGUAUAGAACAUAACUUUUUGCUACA